UUGUGAGAUAGGUAGUUAGUUGCCCAUUGCCGACUAUCCGACGGGAGCGAGAGUGCAUGUGAAACAGCGAGAGAAAAGAUUGAGCGAGAAGUAGAAACAAAACGUAAAGGUGAGACAGAGAGUGAGGAAAAUAAGAAACUUAAGAAACUAUGGCCGUGUCAGCAACUCCGCCGGUGCUUUCCCCAACAUCUAAUCCGGGGUCGGGCAGUUUAUUCCGCUCCGAUCCGCUGUAUACAAGCCCAGCCGAGUCCCCGAGACUGACAAGCAGCUUGAUCAACUCUUUCAUCAGCAGCGGAGGAGGAAAUGGAAACGGCACAAGCGGUAAUAACGAGUGCAAAAUGGUUGAGGUGCACGGGGUCAAGGUAGCCUCGUUCAACGUGGACGGUCAAGAACUCAUCUGCCUGCCGCAGGUCUUCGACCUCUUCCUGAAACAUCUGGUCGGGGGUCUGCACACCGUCUACACCAAGCUGAAGCGGCUGGAUAUAUGCCCCGUCGUGUGCACGGUUGAGCAGGUUCGGAUUCUGCGGGGGCUUGGUGCUAUUCAGCCCGGGGUGAAUCGCUGCAAACUCAUCACCCGCAAGGACUUCGAGGCGCUCUACAACGACUGCACCAAUGCCAGCUCCAGGCCUGGCCGGCCACCCAAGCGUUCCCUGGGGGUAGCGAUGCAGGAGAGCUCCAGGCUUCUUCCCCACAGUGUCCACGGUCUAUUGUCACCCGGACUCCUCUCAUCCAUGUCGCCCGGAGUAUUUAUGUGUUGUCCUGCAGGGCUGACGGCUGCAGCGAUGGCCGAGGCUAUGAAGCUGCAGAAGAUGAAGCUGAUGGCCAUGAACAACCUCCACGGAGCCGGCAGCCAGAACGGGACCGAGUCAGAGAACGACGAGCUCAACUCCAACGCAGGUGGCAGCGAGUCCUCCUGGGACAAAGAGAAGCUCCAGUCUCCCCCCUCCUCCGGCGCUGCCCACGGCCUCGGUCACGCAGGCCUGUCAGGGCAGCACGGCCUGUCCAGCUCCCACCUCAGCUCUCUGCAGCAGAACCACCUACUGGCCAACCGACUGGACCUUCCAUUCAUGAUGAUGCCCCACCCCCUGCUGCCCGUCAGCCUGCCGCCUGCCUCUGUUGCCAUGGCAAUGAACCAGAUGAACCACCUGAACACCAUCGCAAACAUGGCCGCUGCAGCUCAGAUGCACAGCCCCUUGUCCAGAGCAGGAGCGUCUGUCAUCAAGUCUGACCCUCGGUCUCUGUGGCAGGAGUGUGUCCAGGACAGCCCCUCUCCGGCGCCCUCCAUGGAGGAAGGUCCUCGCCCGGGCUCCCAGCCCUCCUCACACCCCAGCAGCAGUGCCUCCAGUUCCCCAGCCCCACACCAACACACCCCAGACCGCCUGGCGAUGAAUCCGGUUGACGGAGGCCUCGGGGAGCGAGAGGCUGGGAUCAACAUGAAAAAGAUGUUCAAAGAGAAAGCAGAUGAGGCGCAGCUGGCCCUGCCCAUGAUGAAGCCAGGCUUUGAAAAGAUGCCCCUGGGAGGACAGACCCUGCCUCCAGGCUUCCCUGCCCCCUUCCUCUUCGCCGACGGACUCAACUCUGUGGAGACUCUGCUCACCAACAUCCAGGGCCUGCUGAAGGUAGCGGUGGACAAUGCUCGUGUCCAGGAGAAACAAGUCCAGCAGGAGAGGAAGGAGCUCAAGAUGGAGCUCUACAGGGAGAGAGAGAUGAGAGAGAGUCUGGAGAGACAGCUCACCUCCGAACUGCACAGCCGAGCCACCAUCCAGAAGCGCCUGAAGAAGGAGAAGAAGGCUAAGAGGAAACUGCAGGAGGCUCUGGAGUUUGAGUCCAAGCGUCGGGAGCAGGUGGAGCAGGCCCUCAAAACGGCCACCUCCCCAGAGAACCUCUGCAUGAGUCUCAACGAGGCAGUGAUACCAGAGGUUGAGCCGGAGCAUAACGGCAGCCAGCAGGAGAACUCGGCUGUACAGGAGAACAGACCCUACACCAAGCCUCCAAUAAUGUACUGAGAGAGACCUCCAGCUUCUCUAGACCUGGCCCAGGGCUGUCGCUGCAGGCUUCCCCAGAGACAGAGCCCUUGGCUGGGAGAGGACGAGUGGAGAAGAGGGAUGACUGGAGGGAGGAAUGGAUCCCCAAAACGAUCCCCUGAAACUCAUGUACAGGACUGCAGAGAGGGUGUGGUGGGGCGAGAGGCAACACUGGAGUGCCACUUAUUGCUGCCCCAUCAUCUCACUUCAGCUACUUGUAAAAAAAAUCCCUCUAUUUUACUUGUUUUGACUACUUUUGUUCUACCCUCUUUGAGAGAAAAAAGUAAGGACCAUUGAAAAUAAAACUGUCUUGGAUUUCUCUCUACUCCCUGUGAAGCACAUACAGAAACCUAUCCUCCUUCUCUAUCCUAUUUCUCUCCAAGCCGAUUUUCCUCUCGUUAUUAUUAUUGUUAUGAAUUAUUAUUGCUAUUAUUAUUCUCGUUAUUAGUUGUUGAUUCCUCCAAUGCCCCAAUAGCACAAGUCUUGCAGCGCAUAUAUAGGAUCAUAUCUUCCUAAAGCUCAAAAGUCUGAAGGAGGAUAUGAAAUGUCAAAUUCAAGACAGAAAUGUGCUUCUCUUCUUCUAUCCCGUUCAUCAUCAAGUAAAAGGGACUCAAAUGGUUUCUGAAUUUCUACGCUUUUCCCCUAUUUUUUCCGGGGUGGAUGGGGGGGGGGGUAUUGUUGAAAAAUGUCACUACUGUUUGUUGACUUAGAAAUGUGUCCGCUCCCUGAACUGCAUUGUUCCAGUGUUUAUUUUAAGUGUGUUUUACUCAAAGCUCAGUCUGGAUACAAAGAAAGAGAUAUUGAGUUCUAUCCUAUAGAGCCCUUCCUCCUGUAAAGGUUUCUCUGUUGCUGUGUUCAGUUCAAAGGUUAUAUUGCUGUUAUAAAUACAGUAUUACAGUAACCCCUGUUCUGUUUAUCCCCCCCCCCUUCGUUUUUAGACAUGUAAAAAAAAAAUGCUUUAGCGUUUGCUAUUCUGACGUCGUAAUAAAGUGGAUACAUUUUUAGUGAGAAAAAAAAAACGAAAGUAAAAUGAAAUACCCCAAUGCACAUCCGAUGCAAGCAUGCAUGUAGAUACGACACUGGUAAAAAGUUACACUUGCUGGUUUAAAAAAGCUGCCAAUUGAGAUAUAUUUUUAAAGAAUUUUGGGGAAUUUCAUUAUUACCAUGAUCACAACCAGGCAGCUAUCUAAAAUUGUUGACCUUGUUUUAAUGAUAAUAGUAUCACAUCACAGCCUUGCACAUAACACAAAAACAAUAAAACAUACUUCUGGACAUCGUGGUCGAUUUGUUCGUUUUUUUAUGUUGGUUUGGUUUGGUUUUUAGUAAUAAAGUUCUAGAUUCAGAGGUG